UGGAGCUGUCGGCGCCAGCGGUACGUGCCCCUCGCGGCACUCCUGUCCACUCCUGUGCACCCCUGUCCUCCCCUCCCCUGCCCUGCCCUGUCCUGCCCGGCCGGAGCGCGGCCUUUGCCCGCGGCCGGGCAGCACCCGGGGCCCGAGCCCCGCCCCGCCGCUCCCGGCGCCGGGCUCUGAUCGCAGCCGGCUCCGAUCGCAGCCGGGCCGGCGGCGCGCUCCUUCCCUGCCCUGCUCGGCGCCACGAGCGCUUCCCACUUAAUGAAAGAUGUCACUAUUUGGAGCAGUGUCCUCCUGCUCCCGUCUCUGUUCUGGUGUAUGGUUGCUGAAACCAGGAAUGCAGAAGAUGAGCUCCUUGCACACAGCAGCCAGGUGUGCUGCCAGGGAUUAUUAUCAAGUCCUUGUGUUGGGUGGAGGUGCUGGUGGAAUCGCCAUGACUGCUCGGAUGAAGAGGAAAGUGGGGGCAGAAAAUGUGGCUGUUGUUGAGCCAACUGAGACUCAUUACUAUCAGCCAAUGUGGACCCUGGUUGGUGGUGGUGCAAAGCAGCUGGUAGCUUCUGCACGUCCAAUGGGAAGUGUAAUUCCUAAAGGUGUUGAGUGGAUCAAAUCUCGAGUUACAGCAUUAGAUCCAGAUAAGAACUGUGUCUGGCUGGAGAAUGAUAUUAAGGUAUCCUACAAGUAUCUGAUAAUUGCUCUUGGAAUUAGUCUGCAUUAUGAAAAGAUCAAAGGCUUGCCUGAAGGUUUUAAUUACCCUAAAAUAGGUUCCAAUUAUUCAGUCCAGACAGUAGAGAAAACAUGGAGAGCUUUACAAGAUUUUAAGGAAGGAAAUGCUAUCUUCACUUUUCCAAAUACUCCAGUGAAGUGUGCAGGGGCUCCUCAGAAGAUCAUGUAUUUAUCAGAUGCAUACUUGAGAAAAACUGGAAAACGUUCCAAAGCAAACUUCAUGUUCAACACUGCACUUGGUGUGAUUUUUGGUGUUAAGAAAUAUGCUGAUGCAUUGCUUGAAGUAAUAAAGGACAGGGAUAUUGCUGUUAACUACAAGCGCAACCUCAUAGAAGUUCGAGCAGACAAGCAAGAAGCCGUGUUUGAAAACUUGGACAAACCUGGAGUGACUGAAGUUCAUCAGUAUGAAAUGCUUCAUGUCACACCCCCAAUGGGGCCACCUGCUGUACUCGUCAACAGUCCUGUCUCAGACGAAGGCGGCUGGGUGGAUGUAGAUAAGGAGACUCUACAACAUAAAAAGUAUUCCAAUGUCUUUGGUAUUGGAGACUGCACCAACCUUCCAACAUCAAAAACUGCUGCAGCUGUAGCUGCACAGUCUGGAGUCCUUGAUAAAACUAUUUCUCUGGUAAUGAAGAACGAGAUACCAGUUAAAAAGUAUGAUGGAUACACUUCCUGCCCCCUGGUAACAGGCUACAACAAGGUGAUUCUGGCAGAGUUUGACUACAAUGCUCAGCCUUUGGAGACUUUUCCCAUUGACCAGAGUAAGGAGAGAGCAACCAUGUACCACAUGAAAGCUGAUAUGAUGCCUCUGCUCUAUUGGAAUGCACUACUUAAGGGAUACUGGGGAGGACCAGCUCCUGUCAGGAAGCUAAUGCAUCUGGGCUUGAAGUAACUGCUGGUUCUCAGCAUUGGUUAAAAUCUUCCAAAGUGGACUGGUCUCACACUGGAUCAAUACAUAUCUUCCCUCUUGGAAUACCAGGAAGACUUUUUUUUUUUUUAAAUCAAGCUUUGGUCACUAAUUCACUUUUCAUCCUACUAUGGAUUAAAGUCUUCAUAGUGCUCUUUCCCUGCUCUUUUGUGUAAACUGAGGCCUUAAACUACUUCUGCAUUUACAAAGGAAUCUGACCUUGCCUUACCCUUAAGAUUACUAGAACAAUUAAUACUUUCAAAUCUAUUAUGUAUGUAAAAUUUUCUUCCUGACUCUAAACUGAAUUGUCUGCAUCCAAGAUCAAUGUGUGCACAUGUGUAGAUUUAACAGUAACUCAAUGCUAGUAAAAUGGCCUGAAAGUC